CAGGUACCAAGUCAAUUCGACUCACUGCUUAAGUCCACUCACUGCUGCUUCUAUCACAGUAUCAACAAGUCCCGUCCAACUUGUCAUCACAGAUUUCGUGCGUAAAGCGCUGCUGCAAUGCAGUAAUGCGACCCCGCAAUAUCCAUAAUGCUGACUGGCUGAAGUGCGCUGUUGAUAAAGAGGCCUAAUUGUUGAUAACGGGACAUUCCUAAGGCCGGCCGCACACAGCGACAAUAUUUUUAUUGCGACGCAAUAUAUUUUUUAGAACUCCCAUUGUUUAUUGAAAACCCGCACACACGUGAGACUUUAUUGUUUCGUGAAUUUAGGCAAUAUUUUGAGUGAAUUUAUUGCUGUUCUAUUUUUUUCGAGCAAUAGAUCAUGUUCUAUUUUUAUUGCUUGCGCGCGAUAAUUGCCUUGCGGGGAAACUCGCCAUAGCUGCGUUUUCAGCUGUUUGCGUUAUCUUGUUGACGGCUGUGAAGAGUUAGUUUAGAAUAAACAGUUACGGUAUUUAGUUUUGUGACAUUGCUUUGUGGUUCGCAUGGUGAAGUUAGACCGGUAAUAGCAAUCAGGGCAGUUGGACAUAGUGGAAAAUACGGUACCGGUACAUAAACUGAGGCUAGGUAGUUUCUAUCCCGGGAACCAGUACAGUACCGGUACCGUGCCGUAUUUCAUUUUAAUUUUCGAUUCCUCGGUAUAAAUAUGUAAAUCCUAUUCUAAUUGUUGGGUGACAAGAUGAUGAAAACAUACCGGUACCGGUAGGUAAUGGUGCAUGUUUAUCAGUACGGUAUACGGCUGAUUUGGCUAUUUUGGGGAACAACUGAUUCUGAAAGUCCAAACAAUGUUUCAGUGUUUUGGUACCGGUGUCACACAUACUGACAUACCGGUACCAUAUCAUUGGGUACAGUACCGGUACUGGUACCAUACUGAAAUUCAAAUACAGCCGGAUUAUGACACAUAAAAAGUUACACACAGUGUUUGGUUGUUGUGACAUUAUUAGUUGAUUAAUAAGUCAAAAAUUCGCCCCUAAAAAUUUUUCUUAUUAGCUUCUAUACGUACAGUUCAGUAUAUAUAAUUUAGAAUGUAUAAGUUUCUGGUAUACGAAUUGAAUUGAUGGUUAUAAUUUUCAGUGAAUCAUAUCUGUUAUCUUAAAAUGAAACGGUCACAUGAUGCAAAUAAAAACAUCCUUCUGUUGCAAGCUAUUGAGCAACACUCUGAGCUUUACGAUGUGUGUAACCCGGCAUACAGUGACAGAAAUGUGCAGAUGUUAAUUUGGAAAACAGUAGCAGAAGAAGUGAAUGAAACCGAUGAUAAUUAUUUCAGUGGAUAACUGCAAGGAGACAUGGAAGAAGCUCAGGACAGCUCUGAUGAAAAAUCUGCGUGACCAACCACCAUCAGGAUCAGGCACGACAGCAAAGAAACCCUAUUACUUGCAUGAAUAUAUGGGAUUUGUUAUGCCUCAUUUAAAAUCGAGGGCACAGAGAGGGAAUUUAGAUUUAGAAGUUAUUGAAUGUCCCGAUUAUGAAACCGCAGAGAAUGAAUCGUCAGACCAAAGCUUUGAAGGAAGUUCAUUGAGUGCAAGUGAUAUUGUACAAGAGGGUGAUGCUAGAGAGAAAAGAAGGCUGGUCAAAAGGGUUCAGGUUGAGAGCAAAGCAUCAAAUAUUGAUAAAGCAAUAAUAAGUUACCUAAAAGCAAGAGAGGAGAGAGGAUUGGAAAGGAAUGACCCCGAUUUUAAUUUUCUGAUGUCUAUUUUGCCAGAUAUGAAGAGCUUUGAUAAAAAGAGAAAGUUGAAAUUUAAAAAGAGGAUCUUAGAGUUAAUUACAGAAAAUGUGGAAGAUAGCGACAAUGAUUGUAUAACUAUACUGCAGGUUGACUGUGAUUAGAUCAUGCCAAAUUAACAUUGCUGGAUUACGAACUAUUCUUAUUUCAAUCUGGCUUUUGGUAAAAACUAUCAAUAUAAAUAAACAUCAAAAUGA